AUUUUUUUCACUUUUUGGAUUUUUAAAGCGCAAAAUUUCAGUUAACUUGAGGUAAAAGUUUAAAUGUUUUUCGUGAAAUGGAGUCCAUCGGAAAACGUACGAAUCGAUUUCUCCGACAAAGACGCAGAAGGGGUUUGAGGAUCAACCAGAAAAACGGGACAUAUUGCUUCGAAAAUCCCUUCAAAGAUUUAGAUUUUAAUUUACCAUCCUACACGCGAGAGAAAGAAUCGAUGUACGAGCAGCUGCAAAAGGACGAAAGUACUUCUACGGCGGGUUUGUGUCGCAGCAAGAAAAUUCCUGCUAAUGCCGAAACGGAGAAAAAGCAAACUGCGAAAAUCCGAGGGCAAGGAGACGAGCUAAAGAGAAACAAGAAAGUCAAAAGGAAGAAAUGUAAAUCCGCUAGAACCUCUUAGGAGGAUUUAAGAAGGACUUAAUCGCCUUGUCAGUACUGUAUUGUUAGUAACGCUAAUGUUUGAACUUAAGUAAAA